UGCAGUACGCGGUAUACGCAGGUAGCGUACUACGAUUUCAAUACGCAACAAAAAGUCAAAAGUGGUAGUGUGACGUCGCCGAACGUUUUAAAAUUGAGAUAGCGUAAAUAAAGUUAUCGAGAUAUUUUACGCCCACAUCGUUAUCUAAGGGUGGAAUUUGGGGUCUGCGUACCAACGUAGUUUGUUUCCCAGCCUGGAAGAGGAGCCUAUGCAGCGUUAGUUUUUCCCGCCGGCGUAUUGUUUUCCGCCAGCGAGUAUUUUUGGGUAUUUCCACCUUGAGAAGAUUAGAUUUGGGAAAUUUGGCAGUCCACCACCACCAGUUUGAUUUCCUGUAACGACAAAACCGAACGCCUGGAAUGCGAGGUCACCAACCUGUUCCCAGCGGAUGUAAGGCGAUUAGAUAAGAAGCAACGCCAUUACCGAGAUGAAUUAAGAUGUACCGGACACGACUUUGUUUGCAUUUCACGCAAACAUCAACGAUGAUAUUCUCACACAACUUCCAGGAAAUAUUAAUGGGGAAACAAGGACUCCAACAAAUGGAUUUUGGAUAUUGGAAUUCAAUAACAAACUAAAACAGGGAGACGAGGUUAACUACUGGAUGAACGUAAAUGCAAAUCGCCGUGUAUAUAGAAAGGAUUCCAUAAAAAUUAUCCGACUUUUGGAUGAAUACACUGAGCUUAGGAAUAGAUGCGAUCCCGCGUCCACAGUUAUUAAUGCGGAUAAAUCGACGUGUCUUUAUAACGUGAUCUUUCAAGAUAAAUUCGAGGGAACUGCUCUCAAUACGAUGCUUUGGAAGGUGGAGCACAAAAUUCCCACCUAUUCCGAACCGAAUUCGCCAUUUAAUUCGUAUGAAAAUCGGGAAGAUACCCGAUUUAUCAAAGAUAACAAAUUGCACUUGAAACCAAACGCAGUUGCCGAAGCAGAAGUUCGUGGAACCUUAAAUUUGAGAGACGGAUGCACGGGAACUAAAGAAACAGAAUGCUUCUACGAACAAAGAUCAUCGUUUCUGUUACCACCAGUCAAAUCGGCUAAAAUUGUUUCAAAGACUUCAUUUAAGUAUGGCAAGGUCGAAAUUAGAGCCCAACUGCCCAGAGGUGACUGGAUAUUCCCCAUUAUACAAUUGGAGUCCGCCCAAAAGGAUAUCGCAAAUCCGUCAAAAAUUUGGAUAGCGUACAGUAGAGGUAAUACCAAAUUAAUCAUGAGCGAUCCAAACGACAUCGAUGUACGUAAAUUUAGUGACAACGAUAUUGGGGGGCGUCUCUUGCUCUCAGGACCUGUGGCGGAGGUGGAGGAACCCGAACGAAGUAGACGGUUGGUUCACAAGUAUGCGAAUCAACCGUUCUUUGACGAUUACCACAUUUAUGGCUUGUUGUGGACCAAAAAUGAAAUGCGUUUCUACAUAGAUUCUGAGGAGUAUGGAUCUGUAGACUUGAAAUCAUUAACAGAAAACUUCGAUCGAGAGUGCGUCCUGAGUUUAGGUGUUGGAGUUGGAGGAUUAUUCGAUUUUCCCGAAGGAGUCUCAAGUAAUAAAAAACCAUGGAAAAAUGAAGACAGACACGCAAUCAAACGAUUCUUUGAGGGGAAACCCACAUGGCUUCAAACGUGGGAUGACGAAAAGUCCUGUCUUAUUGUCGAUUAUGUACAAGUUACGGCGGUUUAAACCAUGUCUAGCCCAUUGUGUGUCUGGGAAGAACUGUUGAUGUAUAUUAUAAAAAUGUAUUACUAAAUCAAAUAAAUUUUAUAUUUAAUAUGA